AUGAUUAGAAGUCCUGAUCUGGACUCCUUUGUUUGUUGUGCCAUAUGCUCAAAAAUAAUAGCACCACCUCCUUCCAGCGCUACUUUCCAUCGGAUUCGGGAGUAUAGGCCUUUCAGAACACGGUAUUACACUCAUCGUGAUAUACUGGAGAUCGGAGCAGACAUUCAAAAAAAACAACAGGAAGAUAAGGAGGCAGAGAUACAAGAGCGCAUUGAAAAAAUGAAAGCUGAACUUUGGUCUCAGGCUGAAAUGCACAAGGAAGAUGCAGUGGAAAAAGCUCUCAAAGAGGCAGCCGCUAAGCACAGCGCAUUUGUACAGGACCUUAAACAAGAACUUGAAAAGAAAUUACGGGAAGAGGUGAGGAAAGCAAAGGCAGAGAUGCAGCGGUACAUGGAGGAUGAGCGGAAGAGAGAGGCUGAAGCUGCAGAGCAGCGCAUGGCUCACAGACUUCAGUGUGCCCUCAUGGAGUGUGCCCGGGAGAAGAUGCAAGCGGUGGCUGAAGCCAGGAAACAGGAGAGGGAGGCAGCCCUGAAGGAAGCAGAGAGACAGUACAGAAAGCACUUAGAGCAACUCAAAGAAGAAAGUAUGUUAGCUGAGGAACUAUAUCGUAAGAGUAUAGAGCAAUUAAACAAAGAAAAACAUCAUGAGAUUAAUAUUGCCCUGAGUCUCAGACAAAAAGAGGAUCAGAUUGACACUGAAAAACACCUCAAAGCAGCAGAGACCCUAUAUCUUGAUGAGAUGGAAAAAGUGAUGAUUACGCUGAAAGCAGCCGAAGAACAGGUAAAGAUUCUCACACAAAAACUGGAAAAGAUGACACAUUGGAAGGACAGCCUGGAAACUGAAAUACAAGAAACAAGACAAGCUUUUCAAAAGUAUAUUGAUGCCACAUUUCCUAACCUGUCCCCUGGACAAGCAGAUUUUAUUCUGCCAUUCAGAAAAGCAUUUGAGCAGAAGGACGCCCCAGAAAAAGCAGAGGACAGUGACAAGGAAUAUAAGAGAACUAGUAUUGGAAGUGUGAAAUUCACAGCUGUGGGCAAACGGAACUGCAAAUAA